UCAUCAUAGAUUAGGGAAAGAAGACACAUGUUCAGUGGAAAUUUUUGAUAUUUCUCUCAACAGAGGAAAAGCACAGACUAACUUCCUGUGGGGAACCUGGAUCUUUGGUCCUGUGCCUGGCCUCAAGAGGGCGAUGUUGCACAGAGUAGAGAUCCCUCUUUCUGUUGAAGAUCAGAGCCUCCUCUCAGCCCCUCCUUGCUGCAGCAGGCUGGCUGAAGCACCCUCACUGAGUUCUCUGAAGACAGGUACAAGUGAGGGGAAUCAGAGGUUGGAAAGCAUUCAGGGUCAUCUCAGCAAUUUUGUAUUUUUACUCAAACAAGUGAUUUGUCCAGUCCAACUUUCCUCACACCUAUUUCCAAAAGCUCAAUUCUGCAGCCACUUUUCCUGCCUGCUCAAGGAAGCUCUUCCAGAAAGAAGCCUGCAGCAUCUCCACUGCUCAGCCAUGCUCCUGUUGCUUAUCCUGGUACUUGAGAUGAUAUUUGCCCUGAGAGAGAUCAGAGCCCAGUCGGUGACCCAGCCUGAUGUUCCUGUCUCUGUCUCUGAAGGAGACUCACUGGAGUUGAGGUGCAUCUAUUCCUAUAGUGGAACUGUUUAUCUCUACUGGUAUGUCCAAUAUCCCCACAAAGUCCCCCAGCUUCUCCUCAAGUACUUUCCAGGUGAUACUCUGGUUAAAGGCAUCAAAGGUUUUGAGGCUGAAUUUAGGAAAAAUGAAUCUUCCUUCAACCUGAGGAAACACUCUGCUCACUGGAACGACUCUGCUGACUACUUUUGCGCUGUGAGUGACACAGUGCUUAGGACUGCAGGGGGAGCUGAACACAAACCUCCUGAGACAAUAGGGAGGAUUAGUCCUCAAAGGAACUUCUGUUAG